GCUACAGUAACUAGAGUAGCUGUCUGCUACACACACAAACUCAGCCCCUAACAAAUAAAAACACACACAUACAUAGCAUAUGCUCGGGUGGGAGAUUAUACAAUGACAUGAGCUAAACAGGACUGCACCCGAGGCAGUAGGGACAAAGAUACCCUGCUCUGCAUCUAAAACUGACAUUGAUUACAUCAGUAUCCACAGUAACCAAAUUAAAGGAAAAAAAAAAAAAGGCGGCCUAUCACUCCGACAGGAAAAUGAGGCCUAAGUCUAGCUGAAGGAUCCUCACACAGUAGGCUUUUGUGCUAUUGCAGUCUCUAACGAAAGCAGACAGCCACAGCUCUGAAGGUAUGGAACACACAGCAACAACAAAACCGAGUGCUUUCAUAGGAAGAGAAGCUGGUCUUAAUAAUAAAAAGGGGAGGCAACAUAGGAAAAGGAAAUGGAAGGCAGCACACUGGAGAACAUCUCCUAUUUACUGGAGAGAAGAGCACGCAAGCAGUGGAACCCCAAGGAGGUCCUCAAAGGCAAAUUGAGCAAAAGCUGCUCCUGCUCAGUGCAAAAACUGAAAAACUCAUUCAUUGGCUUCUUCCCCGUAGUACGGUGGCUGCCCAAGUAUAAACUUAAGGAACAUGUCUGGGGUGACAUCAUGUCAGGCCUCAUUGUCGGGAUUAUCCUGGUACCCCAAGCCAUUGCAUACUGCUUGCUGGCUGGCCUGCAGCCCAUCAACGGACUUUACACGUCUUUCUUUGCCAACAUCAUCUACUUCUUCAUGGGUACCUCCCGGCAUGUCUCCGUGGGAAUCUUCAGUCUGAUGAGCCUGAUGGUGGGACAAGUGGUGGAUCGGGAGGUGCAGCUUGCAGGAUUUGACAUGAGUGAUGACAGCCAGGUGGUUGCUAUGGGCCCUGAAGAUCUGUGGUACGGCAGUAACACUGCUAAUAUUACAAAGCUAAACUCAACUCUAGGAGCUUUCAAUAUGGAAUGUGGCAAGGAUUGUUAUGCUAUGAGCGUUGCAGCCGCCUUGACUUUCAUAGCUGGAGUUUAUCAGGUUCUGAUGGCAGUGUUUCAGUUGGGUUUUGUAUCAGUGUACCUGUCUGGACCAAUGCUGGAUGGCUUUGCCACAGGUGCUUCUCUCACAAUUCUAACUGUGCAAGUCAAAUACCUCCUGGGGAUCAAGAUCCCACGCACCCAGGGCUUUGGCACUCUUAUAAUCACCUGGAUCAACAUCUUCAAGAAUAUCCAGAACACCAACUCAUGUGAUGUCAUCACCAGUGCCAUCUGCAUCGCAGUCUUGGUGGCUGCCAAAGAGCUGGGCGACCGCUACAAAGACCGGCUAAAGAUCCCACUCCCCACCGAACUAGUCGUGGUUGUAACAGCAACCCUAGUUUCACAUUUUGCUGACCUUAAUGGAGUGUAUGGUUCUAGCAUCUCCGGGGCAAUUCCUACAGGUUUCAUCCAACCUCAGGUACCCAGUUUAGGAAUGAUGCCAAGGGUUGCCUUGGAUGCCAUACCUCUUGCAGUUAUCAGCUUUGCAUUCACAGUCUCCCUCGCUGAGAUGUUUGCCAAAAAGCACGGCUACACCGUCAGGCCAAACCAGGAGAUGCUGGCCAUCGGCUUCUGUAACAUCAUACCAUCCUUUUUUCACUGCUUCACCACCAGCGCAGCCCUUGCAAAAACAUUAGUCAAAGACUCCACAGGCUGCCAUACCCAAGUUUCCAGCUUGAUUAGCGCCUUUGUGGUUCUUCUCGUCUUGCUUUUCUUUGCCCCACUCUUCCACUCUUUGCAGAAGUGUGUCCUGGCCUGUAUCAUCAUUGUCAGCUUGAGGGGAGCCCUGCGCAAAUUCCGUAGUGUGCCCGGUCAGUGGCAGAUCAACAAGGUGGACACCUUGAUCUGGAUUGUGACCAUGCUGUCCUCAGCCUUGAUCAGCACUGAAAUGGGUCUGCUUGUAGGGGUGGUCUUCUCUAUACUUUGCGUGGUGGCUCGUACCCAGCUUCCCCAUGUGGCCGUUUUGGGCCAGAUUCAAGACUCUGUCUUCUAUGAAGACAGCAAAGAAUACAAGAAUCUCUCCACUGUCCCCAAAGUGAAGAUCUUCCGCUUCCAGGCACCCCUGUACUACGCCAACAAGGACUUUUUCCUGCGGUCUCUCUAUAAAACCUCAGGGCUUGAUCCAGUAUUAGAAGAGGCCAAGAGGAAGAAGGCAGAGAAGAAAGCCAAAGCAAAGGCUGCCAAACAGGCAAAAGAAAAUGGACAAGAAAAGUCCAAUGGAGACACUCCCCUGAUCUUGACUCCUGCUGGGCUCGACUUCCACACCAUUAUCUUAGACUGUUCUUCCAUUCAGUUCCUGGACACUGCAGGGCUUGUGACCCUGAAGGGAAUACUCAAAGACUAUAAAGAAAUUGGCAUCAGCAUCCUCCUAGCAUGCUGUAACACCUCUGUAAUUGAUUCACUAAAACAAGGCAGUUACUUUGGGACAUAUGAGAAGGACAUCAGUACCUUGCUGUUUUAUACAGUGCACAGUGCCGUUCAGUUUGCAGUAAGCAGGGAAGUUGCUAUCGGUGAUUCUGUGGUUUAGCAUUGCUUGAUUGGUAGUAAACAGCCUAAAAAUAGGUAGUAUUUCAGCCACAGGGAUCAACAGCUAUAAGCCAGUGAUGCCAAGCACCUCGGACUCAGGGUACAGGGUCAUAAAAGCUUUUAGGGCUGCAACGAAGUGUACAUUUUGACCAUCGAAGAUUCGGAAAACACAUAAUCAAAGGAAGGUUCGAACCUCCAAAGGUACUCAUUUGCAUAAUUUACUGGUGACGUCACCAUUGCUACUUGUUUAUAUUUGAUUGAAAAUCCUAUUUUAUGGGUAAUCCAUAUAAAUGGAAUAAAACAUUCACAUGUAGUUUAAAAAUAUGUUGUAUAGAACAGCAAUCACGUUUUUAUAAUUUCAAUAAAAACAAAAAUGCACGUUGUUUGUUUACACGUAAUUGAAGAUGUUUGUGAUGCAUACAGUAAGCUCGCAUUGCACAAUUGCAGCGAAUUUAGGCAAAACAAAGCUUUAUUUAACCGUCACCGUUCCAAGCAGGUUAUCAGUCUAAAUAUACUAAAAAUAUUAGUGUUAUCGUAUAUUUUGUAUGUUUCAAACAUAUUCUACCAUAGCACUUCUCUUACACUGUCUUGUACUACAUAUUUUACUGAAACACUACAACCGUACCUCCCCAGUGCUUUGGAUAAUAUACCCUGCUCCAUACACGGCAGUGGCACCAUAUAGAGUUGCUACGUAUAACAAUUUGGUAGUGGAUUUUAAUACAACAACUUUUGUUUAUGUAAUAUGCAUUAUACAAAUCAAAAGAUCAAAUUUUGCAUGCAAGUGGCAUUUAAUGUGUAAUUUAUAGUAUUCAUAUAUUGUCAAACAGUUUCUGUUAACAGGAAAAAACAAAACGAAACACAGUGCGUCAAUGGUGUCUGACGAACCUUCGAAGGUUUAAAACAAUCUUCGAAUCCCUGGCUAGCGAACAAACCUUCGGAAACAGCCCUAUGAUCUUUGCAAGCCGAAGCCUAGCAGCAAAGAAAACUUGCCCAUCAAGAUGACAGGAAAGAUUUCUUUCUGCCUGGCACACAAAGCUAAAUACACAACCCAGUGCAUUGUUUGAAUUACAAAACUGCAGACAGAAAUUCCUCACUGCCCCAUCAAUGCACUAUGGCCAUGCUAGUGUGGGACCACCCUCUUUUAUGGAUAUGGCAGCAGUGUGGAGUAGUGGUUAGGGCUCUGGACUCUUGACCGGAGGGUUGUGGGUUCAAUCCCCACUGCUGUUGUACCCUUGAGCAAGGUGCUUUCCCUAGAUUGCUCCAGUAAAAACCCAACUGUAUAAAUGGGUAAUUGUAUGUAAAAUAAUGUGAUAUCUGUAUAAUGUGAAAUAAUGUAUAAUGUGAUAUCUUGUAACAAUUGUAAGUCGCCCUGGAUAAGGGCGUCUGCUAAGAAAUAAAUAAUAAUAAUAAUA